UCAGUACAGCGCGACAGCAUAAACACUGGUCCCAAAGCAAAGAUGGCGGACGCGUCGGGGACCGAGCAGUCAGACGAGAAAGAGAAAGAAGGGGACAUUGAGCGCAAAAACAGACAACAGCGAGCUUGGCAGGAUGCGACCAAGUCGGGGAAAGUGAUCAUUUCUUCACAACUACCAGAGACGUUGGGCUUUUACGACAUUAGUGCUGACAUAAGACGCGAGCAAGUCGACCACUCGGCAGAGCCGUCGCUGACUCGCUUCAUCUGUUCGGAGCUGACCCGAGGUUACUUCCUGGAGCACAAUGAGGCCAAGUACACAGAGCGGCGGGAAAGGGUGUACACAUGUAUGCGGAUCCCCAAGGAGCUUGAGAAGUUGAUGAUCUUCGGAUUCUUCCUGUGCGCUGAUGCUUUCCUGUACGUUUUCACAUUGCUGCCUCUUAGAGUGUUGCUGGCCCUGCUCCGCCUCCUCACUCUGCCAUGCUGUGGCUUCAGGGCACGCACAUGCCCCUACUGCAGAAGAAGCAGUGGGACCAGGUUGCUGCAACCAGCACAGGUGUGCGACAUGCUGAAAGGUCUCAUCCUGGUGCUGUGCUUUUUCAUGAUGCACUACGUGGACUACGCCAUGAUGUACCACUUAAUCAGAGGGCAGUCUGUCAUCAAGCUCUAUAUCAUCUACAACAUGCUGGAGGUGGCAGAUCGCCUCUUCUCAUCCUUCGGCCAAGACAUCCUAGACGCUCUCUACUGGACUGCAACAGAGCCUAAAGAACGCAAGAGGGACAGUAUCGGAGUCAUCCCUCACUUCUUCAUGGCCGUUUUUUAUGUUUUCCUCCACGCCAUCCUCAUCAUGGUCCAAGCUUCCACGCUCAACGUCGCCUUCAACUCUCAUAACAAGUCCCUGCUCACCAUCAUGAUGUCCAGCAAUUUUGUGGAGAUCAAAGGGAGCGUUUUCAAGAAAUUCGAGAAGAACAACUUGUUUCAGAUGUCCAACAGCGAUAUCAAAGAGCGCUUUACCAGCUACGUUCUCAUGCUCAUUGUGUGUCUGAGGAAUAUGGAGCAGUUCUCAUGGAAUUUGGAACACCUGUGGGUUUUAUUCCCCGACGUCUUCAUGGUGCUCACUUCAGAAGUGGCCGUGGAUGCCAUUAAGCACGCUUUCAUCACCAAGUUCAACGACAUCACGGCGGACGUUUACAGCGAGUACAGAGCCAGUUUGGCCUUUGAUCUCGUCAGCAGUCGACAGAAGAAUGCUUACACGGACUACAGCGACUCAGUGGCCCGCCGAAUGGGCUUCAUCCCACUGCCUUUGGCCGUGCUACUCGUACGGGUGGUCAUGAGUUCGGUGAAGGUGCGAGGAGCGCUGUCAUACACGUGUGUACUCCUCUUUUAUCUCGGACUGCUCACACUGAAGGUGCUGAACAGCAUCGUGCUGCUUGGGAAGUCGUGUGUGUACGUCAAGAGGGCCAACAUGGAGGGCAAACUCUUCCAAAAGCCCACUACCGCUCCGCCCUCCUCGGUCAAGCCCCCCAACAUCAAAGCUGAGCGGCCCCCGACGACUGCAACAGUCUCAGGUGACGCCCAGUUGAACCCGAAGUCGUCACCCGCUCCUCCUUCAUCCUCUUCAGUGACCACCCAGCCGGCGCCCAGGUGGGACUUUCCUCCACCGCCAGUCGACUCUGCGACUUCAACGCCCCCACUUCCUUCUCUACCUACACACCGGCCGUCCCCCUCGCCCGAACCCCAGCCGCCUGCUCCCUCACCCCCCAAAGAGGAGCGGGAGCCCGGAUCUGGUGUAAGGCCCGAAGCUCCCAAAAAGGACCUCCUGGAGAUUGACCGUUUCACCAUCUGCGGCAACCGUAUCGAUUGA